UUGCAGAAUAUCCACGGGAGCUUAAGAGAUGGCCUUUUUUGCCUCGAGUGAUAUCUCCAUAGACGAGACAAUUACUCCAUUCUUCUUAUUUUUGUUGAAAAUCCCCCUUCUCUGAUCCUUCCAACUUUUUGUGAUAUCUGCGAGUAGUUGCCAUACCAAUAGAUUCUCUAAAGGUACUAUAUAUAAAGUUUUUCCAGUGCCCAACUCUGCUUGCGCAAUCUUGUUGGUUCCGCCUAAUGGCAUAGAAGGAAAAAUAUGGCUGUUCUCAGCACCGUUUCGAUCCAAGAAUUGUCUUUACACAAGAUGGGAAUGUUAAACGCCACGAGUUAACUUCUAAUAGCCCGUCGUGUUGAGACUUGAGAGCAAGAGAAACUUCAAACCCUUACUUUUGUUUUUUCGCCCCAUGUCGUUGCACUGGACAAGAUUUCCCUUCCUGAAAACAGGAAAUUACAUCCCUUUCUGCCUUUUUCAGGAUCUUGUGGCAUGACCCUUGUGGUUAUUAACGAUUUUGCAGCUUAUCUCGAGGUAAUUCGUCAAUGCAAUGCUCUCUCGCUAAUUAUAACUGUGUAAGUUCGACGAUUUAGGGAAAUGUCAUCACCCAGAAUCAAAAUCUUUGCCUCGUGUUCUUACUAAGAGCGACAUGAUGAAAGCACUCGUCCUUAUCAGCAAGGGCCAGGCCUCUUUCUUGAAUAACAUUGAUGCUGUUGAGGCUCAUAUUCAUUUGUGCAAUCAUGGACUAUUUCUCGUCCCACUAUUUCGCUGCAUUGUAGCCGCUGUACAUAUCAGGUGCGGGACAAGCUUAUGGACCUUGUUGAUGCCAUCAAAUUGCUCCAGGUCUCUAUCUUCGGCUCUCUAGGAUUUGUCCACUGAUUUUAACCUUAGCCACAGCUCUGAAGUUAUCACAUGAUAAACAUUUUGUGUGGCCCGGUUAGAUAUGAGCCUCUGCUUUCAAGCUGUGGAGCAACGGAUUGCACCUCCACGACCCAGUCGUGAGUUUUCUUUGUCACUGUUUGAUUCGGUGCUAUCGCCUCAGAAUGUACAGUACAAUCUUUCAGAUUGCCCUACUUGUGAUUGACAUCAACAUUGAUUCAGAAUUGUUCAGCUGUAAAGUUACCAUCGGGGAUAGAACAGCUUUGUGACCCCGUCCUUUUGUUGGUCGUAGCUACUCCCCUUGUCUGUACACCAUGACAUUGCGCUCUGCAUUUCAAAGAUCAGAAAGAAGUGGCAGAAGGCUCGCCGACAAUUCGCACAGCUUCAUUUCUAGCUUAGUGAGACUGUUAUAUGAAUUAGUACGAUUCAUAUGCAGCGGAGUAGCUACUUACUGCCUUGGUGAUCUUAGGUGGCUGACCUGUUUGGUUCCUCCGCCGAUCAAUUCGCUAAUUGCAUCAUAUGAAAUCAUAAGAGACUGCAGGGGAGUCUAAUAUAUAGGAGGACAUUUAGAAUAUUUAUGAAUUUUCAGCAACGUCUGCGCGACACAUUUGAUAGUUCAUCUUGCGUAUUUUUAUGUACGAAGCGCAUCGAGCUUAAUAAUUUGUUGAAUCAGGUUGCUGAUAUACUCUUCAAAGUUUUGUUAAUGUCAUCAAUAAAAAUAUGAAGAUACAAUUACUCGGAGAAACGGACCUGUCGGUUCAUGAAGCGACAGAUGGGAGAAGAGAGCGAAAUCUGUCCGUCUUCACAGCUACCACGACAAGUAUCUGUUGGCGGAUGAUGACAAGGAAUCGGUGUGCCAGGAUCGGAACGGUACGAUCAGGCAGGCGAAAUGGGAGGUGGAAAUGGUUCCUGGAUACGAUCACGUGAUACGCUUGAAGAGUUGCUAUGGGAAAUAUCUGACGGCCUCUAACGUGCCGUUCCUCCUUGGAAUGACCGGGAAAAAGGUGCUGCAAACGCUUCCUAGGAGGCUUGACUCUUCCGUGGAAUGGGAGCCUUUCAGAGAAGGAAUGCAGAUAAGGUUGAAAACACGAUACGGGAACUUUCUGCGAGCAAAUGGGGGCUUGCCGCCAUGGAGGAACUCAAUUACACAUGACCGGACGCAUAGACACAGGUCGACAGGACAGAAUUGGGACCUAUGGGACGUGGACAUAGUAGAGCUUCGGCCAAAACCGGCAGCACCUCCUCCUCCAGAACCCAAAGUCGAGUCAGCUGAAGACACCGAAUCAGAACCCGAGGAACCAGACUCUCCAUCAUCUAUUUCUCUAACACGCCGGCCCAUCCCCAGAAAGGAGGACGGUUCGUUCCCGUGCUCGCCGGUGAAAGCAGAGGGGAGGUUGAUAUCCUACAGAGUAGCCGAUGAGAAUGGGGACUUCAUGGAGGAGGAGGAAGCUACGAUCACGUUCAAGGGGAGCGGAUUGGAGGAACUAGUAGAGACAUUAGAGGAUGAAACCGGACUCGAAGAUAUCAUACUUUGUUCCCACUGGGGAGGGAAGCUCUAUCCCCUCCGUUUGCAGCUCCCUCCGAACAACGCACAGAUGCACGUUGUCGUUGUUCCGCCAUCUUCAAGAGCCGCGGGAGAUGUCGAGGUUCCAGGCAGUCCAAAUACAAGAUAGAUGAUCAAAGAGGACACCGAGGAACUCUUUCGAGCGAAUUAUAAGGAGCUGUUUGGACAUAAUUCUCAUAGAUAUUCUCAUCAAUUUCCUGUGGAAAUUAUACUUUUUUGACUUAUUCCAUUUCCAUGUAGAAAUGACUAAAGCGAUAUAAAUUUUACUUGUUGGGGCUCUAUGUUCAUUCGAAUAUGUAUGUGCUAUAUAUAUAUGACUACCCUAUAGCAAAUUAAAAUUGUAUUCUAGACAAGUUACCCUAGUAAUUUACUCGAACGUAUCAUACU